ACUUCUCAAAGUUAUAGAAUAUCAUUCUAAAUUAUACAGAUUCAAACCUUACACCAUGAAUUUAUUAAUGUAGUUUGUUAUAGCAAUCGAUAAACGACGUGUCGUUAUUAGUCCGCUAAAACGGCACUCAGUUAAUUCGUCGACCUGCUGGCAAGGACGAAUUAUGAACAGUGCGAAGGAUCCAACGGUCAGGAUGAAAUCUGAUAACCAUAGAACACAAUUUCGCUUCUUCCAUACAGAAGCACAAUACUCCGAGUCUCCGAGCAUACUAAAUUCCGAUAUCGCUCACUGUCGAACUACCGUAUGGUUCGUGUAGAUCGGGAGGGAGAUGGCGAACUACCUGGCGCAGUUCCAGACGGUCAAAGGCUCCUGCGAUCGCCUCGUAAUCUCCGAACCCCGGCCGUACACUUUACUGAUCCUUUCCACGUGACAAAUGCGAUGGUGGAACUUUUGGUCUAGCAGGUUAUGUUACACUACCUGUCAAGGCCGACCUGAUAAUUAAUGAUGCUUGGCUUGAUCUUCAAUUUGGAUUUGUCCAUACCGGAAAAGGUGAUGGAAGACCAACUUCAACCUUCUUUCCACUUGGUUGUUUCUCCCAGAUCCCGGGCAGGACUUCUGUUCAGCAUAUGAGACUUACUAUUUCUGCACCACAGCAGAAGAGUUGCAGCAGCCAGAUAGCAUACUGCACAUCAAAUUUAGAAUUGAUGGUGAUAAAACAGCAGGAGCGCACAAACCUGUCGAUGUGGAUCGCUCUGCAAUUGAUACUGGGAAACGGGAUUUGGUCUUCAGGAGUGCCAUUGUUUUGCAACGGCCUGUGCUCGAUCCUUGCCUUGCGGUUCGAGGAUAGUGAUUUCGAUAUUACGUGCCUGUCCUGGUGGUAGCUGGUUACGUCCGUCCGCCUCAUCUCGGGUUGCCCUACAUAGACGGAGCGUACAUAAGUUGUAACCCUCCAAUUGCCUCCGGUUCUCAGCUGCUCUUUCUGCGUCCCAAUCAGAGAAACCAAUGGAUAAAUUUCUCAAGAGAAAUUUUGCAUCGAUAUCUCAAGAUAGGGGUAAAACUCCAAUCGGCAAUAUAUCAAAUUCUUAGGUUAGGCCCUCAAUACCUGAGCAAAUUGAUUUACAUGAUUUGCCUUCGGAUCCGGCUGAUAGAAAAAAAUAUUAGAGUAUCAUCCUAAUCAAAGAGAUGAGAUACGACGCAAAUAUUUGAUUAGGGGACCUUGUCAACCACGUGGUCAUAACUUUCCAAAGAAGAUGAUAGGGAAUAAAUUGAGACGAUUUAAUCCAGUAUGGUUUGACCAAUACGGUGAUUGGCUAGAGUACAGUAUAAAGAAAGAUGGAGCAUUUUGUUUGUGCUGUUACUUGUUUAGAGAACAAGUUGAGAAUGAUGCUUUUGUGACAGAUGGGUUUUCUAGUUGGAAUAAGACCGAGAGAUUGAGUGCUCAUGUGGAUGAUGUUAAUAGUUUUCAUAAUAAUGCACGAAAAAAAUAUGAUGAUUUGAUGAGGCAAGAUCAAUCUAUCGUACAUGCUAUGCAUAAGCAAAGUGAUAUUACGAGAAACGAGUAUCGUAUUCGGUUGAAUGCCUCGAUUAGUUCUUCUAGAUUUUUGUUGAAACAAGGACUACCGUUUCGAGGCCACGAUGAGUCAGAAAAUUCUGAUAAUAAAGGAAAUUUUCUGGAACUUGUGAAGUAUACUGCUGAACAAAAUGAUGUUGUGAGUAAGGUUCUUUUGAAGAAUGCUCCGGGGAAUAGUCAGAUGGUUUCUCCAACAAUACAGAAAGAUAUUGUACAAUGUUUCGCAGAACAAAUAACCCAAGAUAUAAUUCAAGAGAUUGGUCAUGAUGUGUUUGGGUUGCUGGUGGAUGAGUCUAGUGAUGUUUCUGAUAAGGAGCAGAUGGCAGUUGUUUUUCGUUUUGUUGAUAAGAACGGGAUAGUGAAAGAGAGAUUCAUUGAGCUUAUUCAUGUGAAAGAAACAUCUGCCUUAUCUCUGAAGUCUGCUAUUGAUUCCUUAUUUGCUAAAUAUGGAUUGAGCUUAAAACAAAUUAGAGGACAGGGGUACGAUGGAGCAAGCAAUAUGAAAGGUGAAUUUAAUGGAUUGAGAUCGUUGAUUUCACGAGAAAAUAGAGCAGCAUAUUAUGUUCAUUGUUUCGCUCACCAACUUCAAUUGGUCGUUGUAGCAGUUGCAAAGGAACUCUUUGAUGUUGGAAAUUUUUUCGAUAUGAUUUCACUUUUGUUGAAUGUGGUUGGAGGUUCCUGCAAAAGAAAAGACAUGAUUCGAGAAAGUCAUAGAAUAAAGGUGAACGAAAAAAUUAAUAAUGGCGAGAUUAGUAUAGGAACUGGGUUGUAUCAAGAUAUUACUUUACAGAGACCUGGAAAUACUCGUUGGGGAUCUCAUUACAAAACACUGUUGCGCUUGGUUGAGUUAUUUUCUUCUGUCAUUGAGGUGCUAGAGCAUGUUGAGAAUGAUGGUACAGAUGCAGUUAAAAGACGUCAAGCCUAUGGUCUUCUCAAAUAUUUCCACACAUUUGAUUUUGUGUUCUAUCUACAACUGAUGUUGCUCAUUCUAGGACUCACGGAUAAUUUAUCAAUGGCUUUACAGAGAAAAGAUCAAGACAUCUUGAAUGCCAUUUCGUUGGUGAAAUCUACAAAGAGACAAUUACAACAACAAAGAGACGUUGGAUGGGAUUUGCUUUUAGAUAAUGUGUCUUCUUUUUGUGAGAAACACGAUAUUGAAAUAAUCAAUAUGGAGGAAGAUUAUAUGGAUUCAAGGAGGCUAAGAAAAAAAUCCAGCAUAAGCAACUUGUAUCACUAUCAGAUAGAUUGUUUCUAUACUGUUAUGGAUUUUCAGCUUCGAGAAUUCAAUGAUCGAUUUGACGAGGUAAAUUCAGAAUUGCUCAUAUGUAUGGCAACUUUGGGCCCUGUUGACUCAUUUCGUGAGUUUAACAUACCAAAUCUGGUGAAAUUGGCUGGAUUUUAUCCAGAUGACUUCAGUUUUACGGAGCAAAUAUCUCUUCGACAUGAAUUGAGUAUCUACUUCGAUAAUCUGAUGGAAGAUGACAGAUUUUCUAAUUUGGUUAAUCUCGGAGAUCUUGCUCGUCUUAUGGUGGAAACAAAGAAACAUCUUUCAUAUCCAUUGGUAUACCGACUUUUGAAAUUGGCAUUGAUUUUGCCCGUUGCCACCGCGACUGUUGAGAGAUGUUUUCAUCAAUGAACUUUGUGAAGACGGCUUUGCGCAACCGAAUUGGUGAUCAGUUUUUGAGUGAUUGUUUGG